AAAAAAGCUAUCCUGCCAACCGGUGCUUAGAUUUGAAUUGCACAGUGGCAGUCUAGUGCUUUGCUGCACAGAUCAGCCUGAAUCCUGGUUUGCUUAAAUUGCAACAUUUUAAAAUUUUGUGCUUAAAAAUUAUGCACUAAAAAGCACUUUGACUUGAUCAGCCAUUCGAGACUACGAUGAUGGCAAUCAGGCAGCCACUUCAAGUGAAGAAGACUACAGUGAAUCGUGGAAGCACCCGAAAGCCACCAAGGGCGACCUUGUCAUCAUCAACUUAGGUUCCACCCUGACCAACAUGAAGCGCUUCGCCCUCCUCGAUGCAGAACAAACUGGCAAUAUGAUUGGCAAAGCUUUAGUGCAAUUGACCAACGAAGUUGAUGUGCCACAAGAGAUCAUCCACAUUGUUGCCCAGGGUAUCGGUGCUCAGGUUGCAGGCGCAGCCGUUCGCCAAUACAGACGCUUGACUGGAUAAGUUAUAUUAUAAGCAAACAAAAACUGAUGUGCGUCAAUCCGCACUCAUAGGGCCAGUAAGCGAAUUUUCGCUCGUGGCAAAAAUAUUUUUUUUUAUAUACAUAUACAAUACAUUUCUUA